AUGUCAUCUCUUGAAGAAGGUCCUCUGAUGAGUGUGCCCGCUGUGCUCGUAACAUCAAUUGGAGUGAUUUCUUCUGUUUACACAACAAUUAUGAACGUCUAUUUUAUAAAAAUGACUGUAAAAACUCGUAAGAAUAUGAUUCUCUUCUUCUACCGUCUCUUUCUCGACGUGGCGUACAGUGCCCUAGGUUGUGCUUAUAUGACAUUCUGCAUUUUGUAUUCAUACUUCACUGUAGAGCUCCGCGAGCAGCAAGUUUUUAUUCUUUAUAUAGGGUUUCCACUUCAAACAGCAGGAGCUAUGAGAUCGAUUGUGGCGGUGGCAAUAUCGCUUGAAAGGGUUUUGGCGAUUUACACACCAAUUAUGUUUCAUAAGUAUCGCGAUUUAUGUCCUUCUAUAAUAAUUCUGAUAUUGGCUAUUAGUCUGUCAGUUUGAAAUGUGUUUGAAAACCUUCUUAUGUACCUUUUUUGCACUAUGAAUAUAUCCGCAAUGCCACGUGACUGUGGAGUUUUGCGAUGCUCAGUUGAUCCGUGUUAUUUCGAUUUUUGGACAACUGAUAGAGCGGUGAUAUUUGCUUUCAACAUUGCAUUUUCCGGUUUACUUUCUACAAGACUGUUAAUUUUCGAUAAAUCACUCGGUCAUCAUGCUAACAGUGAGCAUUCAAAGAUAAAUCAUAUAGCUCUGGUCGACGCUGCCAACGUAUUUCUAUGUGAUUUUGUGCCAACAGUAUCCAAUUAUGUUCUUCCUAAAUUCCCAUUUUCAAGUUUCAAGAACAUUGGACCUUACGUUUAUAUUAUAAAACUUGUUGGAAGUGCUGUAGAAUCAUAUUUUAUUUUGAAGAUUUUGAAGAGAAGAAGCGCUCGAACAAGUAUUGCAAUAGUAACUCACACUAAUCGAAAUGAGAGAAAUUCGUAA